AUGUCUGAGUCUGAAAUUGCAAUGUUGAUAAAUGUUCAUUAGUUGAGGGAAAGAAAGUACUAAAAAUAAAAGUAUAUUGAUCAAACGGAGAUGAAGAGUGAAAGGGCAAGAUAGUCAUUGUUCUAUUAAACUACUUAUUAUAAUCCACUAUGGUUAAAAUAAAGAUAGCUAAGAAAUGUGGAAUACCAUAAUUAAGAAUUUCACUCAUUUCUACUUUGA